UUAUUUUAAAUAUAAAGCUUGGUUCUCUGAGAUUAAUUUCCUUUCAUUGCAUCAAAAUAGCUGAUAAACUUCUUUGAGGGAAAAAGUAGUAGGAAAAAUCAUCAUGGAUGUACUGAGUGAAUCAUUGGCUAAAUUUACAGUUGACCUUCACAAGCAACUGGUCAAAAAUAAUAAAAAGAACAUAUUAAUUUCUCCAGUAAGCAUCUCAUCUGCUUUUUGCAUGGUAUUAUUGGGAGCGAAAGGAAACACUGCAAGCCAGAUUGAAAAGGUAUUUCAUUUCCCUGCAGUUGAGGAAUCAACACUGUCUCCAAAAAACAAACGUAAUUUACCUGAAGAAAUGGGAUGUGAACCCGUAAAUACGAAUGUUUGCCAAGCUAACGUUGUGCUCCAAGCAAUGAAACAGCUUCUUCAAGAGCUAAAUCAGCAAAGCAACCUGUAUGAACUGAGCGCAGCAAAUCGAAUGUAUGUUAAACAAGACUUUGAAUUAAAAGAACAAUUUAAACAGUGUACUGAAGAGCUGUUGAACGCCAAGGCAGAAGCUGUAGAUUUUCAGAAAGAUCCUGAAAAAGCUAGAACUAAAAUAAAUGCUUGGGUUGAAAGUCAAACAAAAGAUAAAAUCAAGGAAUUGUUUGCCAGUGGUACCAUUAGUGGUGAUACAGUGUUAGUUUUAGUAAAUGCAGUGUACUUUAAGGGAAAAUGGAUGGAACAAUUUGAUAAAAAAGCAACAAAGGAUGAACCUUUCCAUCUGAAUAAGAAUGAAAAUAAAACCGUGAAGAUGAUGUAUAAAUCUGCCAAGUUUCAUCUUGGUUCUCUGCCUGAUCUGAAAUGCAAGAUUCUGGAGCUUGUUUACGAAGGAAACUUUAGCAUGCACAUAGUAUUGCCAGAUGAGAUUGAUGGAUUGGAACAGCUUGAAAAUGACAUGACACAUGACAAAUUAAUAAGCGUCUUAUACUCUACAAAUGUGGAACAAAAAGUUGAGGUGAAACUUCCAAAAUUCAAAAUUGAGGAGACCUAUGACCUUAAGGAAACACUUUCUGCUAUGGGAAUGACGGAUGUCUUUAAUUCAAAUGCAGAUUUUAGCAACAUUUCUUCUCAGAGAGGCCUACAGGUGUCAAAGGUUGUUCACAAGUCCUACGCAGAUGUAAAUGAAGAGGGAACAGAAGCUGCAGCCGCUACUGGGAUUAUAAUUAAACAUAUCCUAAAAGCAGUACCGAUAUUACUGAUUGAAUUUACCGCAGAUCAUCCUUUCCUGUUUUUUAUAGCCCAUAAACCCACUAAAACUAUAAUGUUUUAUGGAAGAGUCACUUCUCCGUGA